GAAUAGUCGUUUGAAAUAAAAUGGCGACUGACAUGGCUUCCCUAAACAAUAACUGUCAAGGAGGAGAAAGUAGCGGCUCCUCAAUUCCCAUGACAUCUCCACAGACUGGCGAGAAUGUGCAUGUCGAAGCAGUCUUUUCAGAAUUCUAUGAUGAGGUCAAAGCUAUAGAAAAGCGAGAUUCUGUUCUAACUUCCAAGCAACAAAUAGAUCGUUUGACACGACCAGGAGCUACAUAUUUUAAUUUGAAUCCAUAUGAUGUUUUACAGAUUGAUCCAGACACACCUUUAUCUGAAGUGAAAAAGAAAUACAGACAGAUGUCAAUUCUGGUUCAUCCUGAUAAAAAUCCAGAUGAUCUUGAUAGAUCUCAGAAGUCAUUUGAAGCUGUGAAUAAAGCCUACAAAACAUUGGAAAAUGAAGAAGGCCUGAAGCGAUGCAAGGAGAUUGUGGAAGAAGCAAAGACUAGAACAGAUGAAAUGAUUAGACUUAAGAAAAAACAAUUGAAAAAAGAAGGUAAACCUCAAGAAGUACCUGAAGAUGAUCUAGACAAGUACAAACAUGCUAUAUAUGUACAGACCUGUAAAUUAUUUGCUGAUCUUGAAAGACUGAGGCAAGAGAGGGAAACUAAAGACAUGCAUGACAGGAAACGUAAGGCAGAAGAAGAAGCCGCAGAAGAAGAGAAAAAGAAAAUGGAGAAAGAAUGGCAGAAGAAUUUUGAGGAAAGUCGUACUGGAAGAGUUGAUAGUUGGAGGACCUGGAAUAAAAAAGCUAAAAAGACAUCAAAAGGAAACCUAAAACCACCCAAGCUUAAAGCAGAGAAGCGAUAGCGACUCCAUCUUAGUUUCUUUUUUUUCUCUCUUUGGUCUACUACCUACUUGCGUCUACGUUUUAUUGUUUCAUUCACUUCUGAUGACGUGUUCUCAGACCUUGGGUUUGUGGAUUACACACCAGAGUGUUUUGGAUGUGUGUACAUAAGUAUCAAAUCAUUGAAUGUGGAGAAUGUGUUGGAUUGAAUGAAUGUACUUAUGAAUGGAGUUUUUUUUGUUUUUUUUUUUAAUAGACAGUCUUGUUAUUAAACAAUGUAAAUAAUGAAAUCUAUUUUAACAAUUGUGCAGAUACCAUCCUUAAAAAAAAGAAAAUAAAAGAGACAGGACAUAAUGAGAUUAUUACUAACACUGAGGUCUGCAUUGUCAAUCCUUGUUGAACUAUUAACCAUCAUUAAGUCUAUAGUUUGAAUACCGGCAAUGUACUGAAUGCUCCUUUAAAGCAAGAGAAAUUCAAAAGUUCAACUGUAUUUUGGAUCAUUUAAAAUAAGUGAUAAUUAUUAUUGAUAGAAUUAGUGAUAUUUGUAAGUAAUACCAUGAAGAAAAAAAAGGUAUAGAAAAAAAAAACUUUUUUUUGUCGGAAAUUUUAAACCUAAAAAUAAAUACAAUUGUUAUAAAGGUCACCUUCUUUCCUGAACUUGAUGUUAUGUGUACUAAAACAAUAGUUUCGAAGCUUAAACAAAAAAUCUUCUAAAAUGCCUUUCCUGCAGGUGUAAAGAUGCUAGUUAUUUUGGUUUUAAAGUUUUGUGGGAAAUUUUAAAUAUUCUCACUUUUUUUUUUUUGGGGGGGGGGGGGGGGGUAACUGUGCUGUUAAAAAUCAUUAUCUUUUAAUGCCAAACAAUGUGUAAUGGCUUGUUUGGGCUGUUUGACAUAAAUUCAUUGAAAAUUAACUACUUAAUUAAUUUUUUUAAUUUUAAAAAAUUGAAAAUUAGUUUCUUUCAGAUUAAUUUUUUGUGAGUUUUACCCAUAAGUGAAGCUUUGAAAGGGCUUAGAGAAAUUUUUACCUCAAAAAAAUGAUUACUUGAUUAUAUAAACUUAUUAAUAGAGUUGGCUUUUUAAAAAGCACAUGUCUGCUUUUAUUGUCCACUGUAAGGGUCAGCUAUUGGUAGCUUAAAAUCAAAUUUCUUUGCAAUCUAAAAAAAACAACAACUGUGUGUGAAAAUUUGAUUAGCCAAUACAAACCAGUAUAUUUCUAAUUGGUUGGCUUCCCAUUAAUGAAGAAAGUUUGUCCUUUGACUAAAUUUCAAAUUUAGUUGUGAAAACAAAAUAUUUAUUAAAAACAAAUAAUUUUAUCAAAGUUUUUGAAAGUUCAACUCUUUUCUCUUUCAGUUUGAUUACUUUAAUCAUUCAACAUUGAAUGCUUUGCAAAUAUUGAAAUUAUUUACAUUUAGUGUUGGGCAUAAAUAUGGUUCAUAUCUUAAUACAAUAAACUGCUACAAAGACAUCUAUUCUCAUUGCUGUCUCUACUAUCUAGAAUUGUAUUUACUGAUUGAAGUUCUGUAAUGGUAACACAAUGGUAACACAAUACAAAACCUUAUCCAUAUUUUGUUCCUAAGAGUUCACAUUAAUACGAUUGAUAUCCCAGUUGUAAAAUCAUGGUUUAAGAUUCAUUGAACCUAGGAUAGACAUUAUAACUUGUAUUGAACAUAUCAAGUGGCAUUAUUUAUACAACUUUGACACAUUAAGAAGUUAUGGUGACCUGUAUGCCCCAUUUGGUUCUGCAGCGUCAAAGAUGUAUCUAUUAUUUUGCUCAACUAAGAAUAAAAACUCUUCUUUAUCACCUGACGACCUAAGAACUCUGGCAGCAUUGAACUAAUGUGAAAUGAAAUAGCGACUAGGACUUUUUGCAGCUCAAGUCUGUUAUUAUGAGCUCAAUAAUCAUUGAUGUUUUUAAGUGUAUUAUUUCCACAAUAUGUGCAUACAUGAAUUGAAAUAGUCUUUUUCUAUAAGUUGGUCAUCGCAAGUAAAGUUUUCUGGGCUCAUAAACUAUCUGUCUGUCUGUUCUAUUUUCUUCUCCCACAUUUAAAUGUAAUUGAUGCAUUUUAAUUCAGUAUUAAAUGCAAUGACAUUUAUUUUAAGCAAUUAUUUCUCUGUAUAGAUUUGUACUGCAAAGCAGUUAGUAAAAUUGUACAUCACAAUUACAUUAUAUAUACAUACAUAAAUAAAUAUACAUAUAUAAAAUGCUUGCUGGGCUUAUUCUUAUUGGAUGAUAAUGGAGUUACCUGUAUUUUUAAAAACUGUUCAAUUAUUACAGUGUUCAUUGAUCAUUCUGUUGUACUCUAGAGAAUGUUAAGGUCUAUGAUGUCACUUUGCUGUUAAACAAUUCAGAAUUAUUUUAGAAGAAUUUUAUUACAUUUUUUUUUAUAUGAUUCAAGAAUUGUGUUUUAUUAGGAUUUACAGAUUGGAUAUUUUGUGAUAAUAAAAAUUUCUAUUAUCUUGAACUUAUCUUAAUGUAUCUGGUUGUUUUUUUACUUUCCAUCAGUUGGUCUCAUCCAGUGUGUUCUAGGCUGUACUUAUACUUUUUUUUUAUUACAGAACAUGCUAGAAAAAAAUGUUUAAUGAUUUAUCAGUAAAUUGUUCAAUUCUCAACAUUGAUAUAAAUUUAAAUUUGGCAGCUCAAAAUAAAAUGCCACCUUUAAGCUUUUUACUUUAAUGGGAAAUUUUUUAAAUUUUCUAAUUAUUUUUUUUUUAUAACCAUACCCAUGCUGUGAGUGUCGCAUCGCCUCGUCGCAACUUGACCCGAUUCAUUUGUAAACAUUGUAUACAUUCUUAGAUUUACGUUUGUGUUUACCCACCUAACUGAUGGCAGUGCUCUGGACAUCUGGCAUGUAAUGUUUUGAAAUAUUUCUAAAGUCUGUUUAACCAUUAUCUUUUUUUUUUUGAUGGAAGGGAUAUAACCAAAGUAAAUGUACUAAUGCCAGUAAUGACUUACUGCACUUGUUUCUUUUCUGUUUUUGUCUGUAGGCUGUUUACUAUCUGUGUUUAUUAGUUUUCUAACUACAAAAUGUUUUGAGUUCUGUGUGCUGUACAAAGUUCAUGAAUCAUUGUUUGGAUUAGUAAUGUUAUAGCAAACAUUUAUUUUGACAUGCAGUGUGGUUACAAAGGAGUUAUUCCAGCAUGUAGACAUUCAUUAUCUCCCCCUUUCAAUGUGACCCACAUUGUUCAUUACUUGUAAUUUCCAUGCUAUAGUUUCAUUGUUAUGUGCAUCUUUAACACAGUAGGUUCAUUUUAUUCCCAAAUAUAUAAUACUGUAGGUUCAUCAUUACUUGUAUUUUCCACACACUAGGAUCAUCAUUACUUGUAUUUUCCACACAUUAGGUUCAUCAUUACUUGUAUUUUCCACACACUAGGCUCAUCAUUACUUGUAUUUUCCACACACUAGGCUCAUCAUUACUUGUAUUUUUCACACACUAGGCUCAUCAUUACUUGUACUUUCCACACACUAGGCUCAUCAUUACUUGUAUUUUCCACACACUAGGCUCAUCAUUACUUGUAUUUUCCACACACUAGGUUCAUCAUUACUUGUAUUUUCCACACACUAGGCUCAUCAUUACUUGUAUUUUCCACACACUAGGCUCAUCAUUACUUGUAAAUAACAAUAAAUUAAUAAAAAGUUGUAAUGGC